GUCGUUUUGGUAAAAUCUUCUUUGAAAACGGUUGUGUUACCAGACAGACUCUCUCGCAACGCUCGAGUCUUCAAGGAACUUAAAAAAGCUUUCUUUUUGUAGAAAAUUUCUUAGAGAAUUGGGAUCGAUUCUUAGGGUUUUCACCAAGCUUUCGUUCGCGACGAGCUCUCAGUUUCGAGUCUCGUUGGUGACGCAAGCAUAGACUUUGGGGAUCGCUUGUAAUGAGACGAAUUUCAAAGUUUGGUAUCUUUUACUUGCCUGAAUUGACCUAUUCGACUUUUACAUAGAGGAGUCUAAGGUUUGUUUAGGGUUCUGUGUCGCUUAAGGAGGUGGGAUUAUUGUGUACUAGAGUGUCUUUUUUAGCUUCUAGGAACAUGUCUGGUGGAACUCCAGUUGGUGGUGGUGGGUACAUUAGGCAAAGACAUAGCCAAGGUUAUGCAUCUGGUGGUGAUGAUCUUGAGGAUGAUGCUUGCUCUAGGCCACAGCCUUUUUCUUUAGAGAAUCCUAGAAGUAAAACGUGGGUUGAGAUUUUGGAGAAUGUGCUUUGGAUUGCAUCUGCUGUGUUCAUUGUCUAUUUUGGAGACAGGCACUCCAAUAUGAUACAUAUCCUCUUACACGAUGCUCGGAUCAAAAGGAUGCCUUUGUAUUUCGGGAUGUUGGGAAUAGCUGUGAACAUUAUAAUCAUAAUCUACGAAAGCAUGUUAUCGUGGAGCAUGAGAAGGUUUGAUGAGAAAUGGGAACUGUGGAGUAUCUCAGCUCUGCCUUUCAUCACCCUGCUCGGCCUCAUUUCAUUUGGCCUGCUCUCCUUUGCUCUGUGGCCUAUAUGGGGCUUCUUGACUCUCCCCCUUCUGUUCACAUUGUUCAUGGCUUGCCUUGUUGUGUUCCCACAUCUCAUGAUUAUCAAAUUCAGGCCUCAAAACGACGAACUCCGCAUAGAUUGAUAUGUAGAGAACUGAGAUAGUUAUUCGGGAAAGUGAAACCCUUUUGUUCUUUAGAAGUGAAUAAAUCUGAAAACUGAAGGGGAUGCCGGUUUGGUUUGAGGUAUAUAUAGAUAGAUGAACUCAUUGAUCUGUAGGAUCCUUUUUUUUUUCUUUACUGUUUUUUGGUCUGUGAGAUUCGUUGAUGUCUUGUUUCAUUUCCAAGUUCAUUGAAGUGAAAAUUGUUCUUAUUGGUCUCCUUCAAA